CAGUACACGGUGAGACUGCAGUUGUACACUCCCAGCUUCAUCAGGAGUGUCCUGAGUCUGUGAGAAUUAUUGAACAAGAACUGACGCUGGCCGAAUAAGAAGCUAACUUCAGCCUCGUAUAGUGAUAGGUCAGGGAUAUCAUGUGACGAUAAUUUCGUUGGAGGUCGGUAGUUGCACUAUAAGCGAAAGAGAGAAAUACUCUAUGGUUCCUGUAAGAUAGGGUGCCCUCUAUCCUCUGCUCUUCUCUAUGGUUCUCGCACACAGCGGCGUCGCAGCAGCUGGAGACGCCGGACAUCAGCAUCGAUCUCCCCUCUGACCCCCAGCCUGCCGCGGGGCUCACAAAUCUUGACCGCGGGCGAUGGCUUCGCUGGAUGGGGGCGGCCCCGGUGGCUGUAGCAACGCAGAUUUGGAGGAUUUCCGUCAGUACCAUGAGAGUGACAAGCAGUGGGAUGCCCGCAAGCAGUUCCUGGCCCGCCACAUGCAUUCAUACCCCGGCCGCAAGGUAGACCAGCUUAUCGCCCUGUCGGUUGCAUGGAGCAACAUCGUUUUCAUAGGAAACCGAUAUGGGGAGCAGCUGACAGAGAAAGUUCAUCAGAUGGCUGAAGGAAUUGAUAUUGGUGAGAUGCCAUCAUAUGAGCUUGUGCCUGAUGCCAAGGCAACAAAAAGAACAUCCACUUUAAAUGCUGUUGGACAACCUCAGCAAAAGAAAUUUGGACCGCGGCCACGCUUUGAACCUGUACAUUUUGUAGUCAGCACAGUGACUGAGGACCAAAAAUUUAAAAAAACAAAAGAUUCUGUGUGCAUUCAAAAACAACAUGACGACAGUCAAACCUUCAUAAGCACGCUGCAGGGGUCUAAUGUAUUGGUUACUGUAAGUGACAACUCCGACAGCGAGGAAAACUCAGAAAUGGAGUCGAGUUCCACUCCCUAUAUUUAUGACUCCAACUCUUAUGUUGAACAAAGCAACGACUCUUAUGUUGAACAAAGCAACGACUCUUAUGUUGAACAAAGCAAAAGUGACUCUGGCUCUUUCAUGGCCAAAAUGGAACAGAAUUAUUCAGCUAAAUUUGAAUCUCACAGUUCCAAUUUGUCCAGAGAUUUCCGUUCAAAUGUGCUUGAUAUGUGGAAAGGUAUCAACAAGCAAGGGAGAAAAGGCAUUGGUUUUGUAAAGCUGCCUAAAAGUUCUGGAAGGUUUGGCAAAAACAAGGAAAGUGGCACAAAGCCGUACCUGGGUCGCAAAUUACAGACUUUAGAUAAAUCAUUUUUUAUUCGGAAACUUUCUGCUAUUGUGAAGCAGAAGAUGUUAAAGCCUGCAACGUCCUCCGACGGUAGACAAAUUAACUUUAUCCACAUGUUGACACAGUGUAUUCAGACAUGCAAAACAAAUCCUGUAUAUACUUAUGUGCGGGUUAAAGAAAUUCCUCCCGAUAAUCUCCCAAAAUGUAAAAUCCCUCCUAAUGGCUUUGCUUGUGAAGUCAGAUGCCAGGAUAUUUACUUGGCCACUGGCUAUGCUUGUAGCAAAAAUGGAGCUCGGGAUCAGGCUGCUAGACUGGCCAUUGAGCUCUUACAAAGUCCACAGGUGGAAGCCGUCACAGUGAACAGAAAGUUUGGGCGCGAGUUUCGUGAAGAUGUGGUGGCUUGUCCAAGUGAAGCACAAAGGAAUGAAUUCCCUCCUGCUCUUAGACACAAUGAAAGUAAUGUGCAUGAAGGUUUUCUGUCUGGUCAGCAGGGUACGGAGACAACUGAAGGUACAUCGACGAGACCAUGGUCAGAAUUUAUUCUUAAAGAAAAUACAAGUGACGCAAUCGGCAUUCUCAAUAACUCUGCUUUUUUUAAUAAUAUGACUGUUGAAUAUAAGUAUGUAAUGAUGCCCAACAGUAAAUGGCGAUGCAGUGUAUACGUGCAGGACUGUUGCUUAGCUGAAGGAUAUGGGAAUAAGAAAAGCAGCAAGCACAUAGCCGCGGAGGAGGCCGUUAAGGUCCUGAAGAGUGUGCAGCCUGAUCUGCAGAACACCAACUAUGCCAGAUCUACAGACAAUGGACCAUCAAAUCCGUUGAAAGAUCUUGUAAUAUAUGAAAACGCUCCGAAUCCUAUCUACAUUCUAAAUGACACUGCUCAGAUCAACAACGUGACUAUAGAAUAUGUCUUUGAGAGCCUGUCUGGAGUUAAUUGGAAGUGCAAGGUUUUUAUGGCACAACAGUUUAUAGCAGAAGCUGUUGGCAUUAAGAAAACUGUAAAACAUGAUGCCGCCCAGGAAGCUGUGAAUAUCUUAAAGAAGACCCAUCCUGUGAUGAUUAAUAAUCUGCAUAAGGGUCCUGUCACAGAUGCCAUUUCUCGAAAUCAGAUCCGUGGGUUGUCAAAUGAAGAUGCAUACAAACAGCAAAUCAAAGAGGACAAUAUUGGGAACCAGCUACUAAGAAAGAUGGGCUGGACGGGCGGUGGCUUGGGCAAAGGAGGAGAUGGAAUAGCAGAACCUAUUUCUGUAAAGGAGCAGCACAUGCGGGAAGGUCUUGGCUUAAUGACAGGUGACCAGAGAAUCACAAAGAGAGACAUUGAACAAAUUAUAAGGAACUACGCAGCUUCGAAUAAUCAAGACGACCUGACCUUUUCUAGAGAACUGACCAAUGAGGAACGGAAAAACAUCCACCAAAUAGCUCAAAAAUAUGGUCUAAAGAGCAAGUCUCAUGGGCAGGGCGUUAAAAGGUUCUUGGUAGUCAGCAGAAAAAGAAAUAGACAAGAGCUCAUACAUCAGCUCAAGCAGGAAGGCCAGGUUGGCUCUUAUGUUCUUCUUAUGCCACAGAAUUAACAUCACAGCCUGGAUUUUCUUUGUUCAUGUUUGAAACGUUAUUGUACACAACACUGUUAUUUUGUCCAUUUAUAGAAGAACUAAAGAAAUGGUGAUUUGGAUUUUAGCUUAUGAUUUUAAAAUGAAACAGUGCAUUUUAUAAUUUAAGUGGUAGAGUAAAUAUACUGAACACUAGUCAUCUGAGUAAGUGACUGGCACUUUUGCUUACAGUAUUUAAUAUGACGUUUUAAAUGUUGUGUAAUGGUUUGUUUUCCCAUAAAAUGGACAUUGUUGAAAAUCA